AUGUUGUUUUGUAUUUUUGCUAUCUAUGUUCUAUUUCUAUCAAAUAUUUGUUCAUAUGAAUUUCCAUUUUCAACAUUGGAUAAUUCAAUAGUUGAUGCUAAUGGUACAAUUGUUCGAUUAAAAUGUGUUAAUUGGCCAGGAAGUAUGGAAACAUUGCUGCCAGAAGGUCUACAACAUAAUUCAAUAGAUAAUAUUGUAUUACUUAUAAAACAAAUGAAUAUGACUUGUGUACGUUUAACAUAUUCAAUUGACGUAACACAUUCAUCUAGUUUAACUGUUUAUCAAUCAUUUUUAAGACUUAAUUUGACACUAGCUUUAGAAGGUUUUAUAGCAAAUAAUCCAUUACUUAUUAAUGAAAGUAUUUCAAAUGUAUUUGAUUCUGUUUUAAAUACACUUGGAAAAUAUAAUCUUUUAGUUUUACUUGAUAAUCAUGUUAGUAAAGCUAUGUGGUGUUGUAAUGAAUUUGAUGGAAAUGGUUUUUGGGGUGACCGAUAUUUCGAUGUUGAACAAUGGAUUGUUGGUUUGAUAUUUAUGGCUAAAAAAAGUAUUAAUCGUCCGUAUGUUAUUGCAAUGAGUUUGAGAAAUGAAUUACGUGGUGUAAGACAAAAUCUACCAGAUUGGUAUCAUUAUGUCUUACGAGGUAUUGGCGAAGCAAUAUCAUCAGUUAAUACUCAACUUUUAAUAGUUAUUUCUGGUUUAAAUUAUGAUCUUGAUCUAUCAUUCAUUCGAUUAUUGCCAAUACAAAGUCUUGUGCCACACUCAAUACAAAACAAAAUAGUCUAUGAAGCUCAUUGGUAUUCAUGGUCAAGCUAUGGUCAUUCAACUGAAUGUAAUAAAAUGAAAGCAGGUAUUCAAGAUGCAUGGGGAUUUAUUUUGGAAUCUAAUCAUUCCUAUACAGCUCCUGUUUGGUUAACAGAAUUUGGUACAAAUGUUGAUCAAUUUACAGGUGACGAUAUAUUUAUUGAUUGUGUUAAAGGCUUUUUUCAAACACCAUUAACUAAGACAAUGUCUUGGUCUUAUUGGGUAUUAGCUGGUAGUUACUGUAUUCGAUCUGGUACAAUUGAAUCACAUGAAUCAUUUGGUUUGUUAACAGAUAAUUGGAAAGAAAUAAAAUCAAAGUCAUUUAUCAAUGUUCUUUCAACAAUGUAA